AUGGACCGCAGGGAGAUCCUCUCCAAAGGCUCGGCACUCCAAAAAGCCAUCGCGGCGAAGGAGCCCUCUGCGAACAUCCUGACAAUACUGCGCGACCUAAAGGCCAAUGUCCGACCCAGUGAAGAACUACUGCGCGCCACGGGAAUAGGCAAGAUCGUCAAUAAAGUGAAGGGAGUACCAAAUCUGGACCCCCAAGUCAGCCAACUUGCAGCAGAGAUAAUAUCGCGCUGGCGGCAUGUGGUUAACGAGCAAAAGUUGGCAAGCGGCACAUCAACACCCACGGCCAACGGGGCCAGAUCCAACGGCACGAAUUCGCCGGUGCCCCAGAAGACCUCCACACCCACACCAAAGGCGUCCAGUCCUGGAGUUGCACCGGAAAAGCGCAACUGGAAAACAGACAAAGUACCUCGCGACGAAUUGACAUCCGACACAGCGCGAAACAACUGUAUUGGGCUGAUCUACGACGGUCUAUGCCUGGGUUCUGAAAUCCCAAUGAAACAGAUCCUUGACCUGGCGAAGCAAAUCGAGUCCGCUGCCCUCAACCUCCCUGACGCCAAAGGAUCCUCGGCGUCGGCCGUGUACAAGGAUAAAAUCCGCUCUUUGUACCAGAACCUCAAAAAUAAAUCCAAUCCGGGAUUGCGAGUGCGCAUUCUUUCUGGGGAGGUCACCGCAACAAGGUUUGUCACCAUGACACACGAAGAGAUGAAAUCCCGUCAGCAGCGAGAGGAAGACCUCAAGAUCGCAAAGGAGAACAUGAACAAUGCCAUGGUGGCGCAGGAAGAGAAGUCUGUGAGUACUUCUCUCGAGUGCGGAAAGUGUCAUCAGAAAAAGGUUAGCUACUCUCAGGCGCAGACGCGGAGCGCAGAUGAACCGAUGACGACAUUCUGCGAGUGUCUCAAUUGUGGCAACCGGUGGAAGUUUUCUUGA